ACCAUCAUCUCAGGAUGUCUCUUUCUGGCUGCCGAUAUCUUCGCCAUCGCCAGCAUCGCCAACCCGGACUGGAUCAACACCGGGGAGUCCGCAGGAGCUCUCACUGUGGGCCUUGUGCGACAAUGUCAGACCAUCCAUGGGCGAGACCGGACGUGCAUCCCGCCCCGGCUUCCCCCAGAGUGGGUCACCACGCUGUUUUUUAUCAUCAUGGGGAUCAUUUCAUUGACUGUCACAUGUGGUUUGCUGGUGGCUUCCCACUGGCGAAGAGAAGCUACAAAAUAUGCUCGAUGGAUAGCAUUCACUGGAAUGAUCCUUUUCUGUAUGGCUGCCCUAAUAUUUCCAAUAGGAUUUUACAUCAAUGAAGUCGGAGGUCAACCUUAUAAAUUACCCAACAACACAGUGGUUGGGUCAUCAUAUGUACUUUUUGUCUUAUCAAUUUUCUUUACAAUAGUACGACUUCUAUUUGCUGGCAAAGUUUGUUUACCAGGCUGA